GUGUCUGACUGCCUGAGUUGGCCCUCAGAAAAGUCAACUGUUUGCCUUGCUACUUAUUGCUAACCUAACUUUCCUAACCAUUCGGUUCGCCUUUCUUGGAGUCUUCUUGUUUGACAACAGCAAUCUUCGCGACGCGGCUCUGUAAACCCUUUUUGGGGAUGUUUUAGGCUGGGAGAAAAGUUCAUUGAGUGUUCUUGGAGGAACCGGUGUGUGGCGGCCAGUACCAAAGAUGGAUAAGCUAACCGAUAGCUGACUUGUUAGCCGAAAAGUCAAAGGUCAAGAAUAGGAGCGAGUGGGCAUGCUAACGGCGAGCUAGUUUAGCAUUCUAUCGGCUAACCGAGUGACUUUGUUAGCCCUUAACGGGCGACGUAAACCGGCCGCUGUUUGCUUCCUCGGGCCUGGUUGCGACACCGCGAAUAGUUUGUCAAAAGGAAGCUAAUCCAGGAAGAAGCCCCUGCCUUGAAAACGGGCUGUUAGAACAGACCAGAGGAGUAUUGUCGAGAGGUUGUUGCUUUCGCCUCAGACGAACAGAAUGCUAUCCAACGCACAGAACCAGCCGCUCUUUCCCAACCCGACCGGGCAACAGAAUCCCGCCGGGCAGCAGCAGAACCCCGCAGGCCAGUUUCCCCCCUUCCUAAGCAGACCCACCUUACAAAUAAAGAAGAACGCCAUUACAGACGAUUAUAAGGUGACCAGUCAGGUGCUGGGGCUUGGUAUCAAUGGCAAGGUGCUCGAAAUCUUCCAGAGGAAGACCGGGGACAAAUAUGCACUAAAGAUGCUGCAAGAUUGCUCAAAAGCACGUAGAGAAGUGGAGCUCCACUGGAGGGCGUCGCCUUGUGCCAACAUUGUACGGAUUAUUGAGGUCUAUGAAAACCUGUAUCAAGGCAGGAAAUGCCUGCUGAUUGUCAUGGAGUGCAUGGAUGGAGGUGAACUCUUCAGUAGAAUCCAGGACAGAGGCGACCAGGCAUUCACAGAGAGAGAGGCAUCUGACAUAAUGAAAAGCAUAGGAGAGGCUAUCCAGUACCUGCAUGCUGUUAACAUUGCACACCGAGAUGUUAAGCCAGAGAAUUUACUGUACUCAACCAAGAGGCCCAGCGCUUUGCUCAAACUCACAGACUUUGGCUUUGCCAAGGAAACCACCUCUCACAACUCUCUUGCUACUCCCUGCUACACACCUUACUAUGUUGCUCCAGAGGUUCUGGGCCCAGAGAAAUAUGACAAAUCUUGUGACAUGUGGUCUUUGGGUGUCAUUAUGUAUAUUCUGUUGUGUGGGUACCCCCCUUUUUAUUCAAACCACGGUCUAGCCAUUUCUCCCGGGAUGAAGAAAAGGAUUAGAAUGGGACAGUAUGAGUUUCCUAAUCCCGAGUGGUCUGAUGUAUCAGAAGAAGCUAAACAACUGAUUAGGACCCUCCUUAAGACGGAGCCCACCCAAAGGAUGACGAUCACGGAGUUUAUGAAUCACCCCUGGAUUAAUCAAUCGAUGGAGGUUCCUCAGACGCCACUGCACACUAGCCGGGUGUUAAAGGAAGAGAAGGACGCGUGGGAGGAUGUCAAGGAGGAAAUGACCAGUGCCUUGGCAACCAUGAGGGUUGACUAUGAGCAAAUAAAGAUAAAGACCAUUGAGGACUCAACCAAUCCACUUCUAACGAAGAGGAGGAAGAAAGCCAGUAAUGCCAUGGUGGACACUCAGUCUGCUGCCCACUGAAAAAUGCGCACACAGAUUGUAAAAAGGAAGCAAUAAGUUGUCGACGUGAGUCGCACUGCAUGGAUUUUUUUCGUAUUUUAAUUUCCAUAUCAAGUCUGUUUUGGAGAGUGCUGUUUUUUUGUUUUAAGCAUUUUAAUUGACCCCCUUUCACUUUUGCAGAGAGGUUCUUGAUCUGUGGUUUUACAUCAGGGAAGAGAUUAUGAAUAAGAAAAGUUGAGGAGAAGCACUCUGGUAUUCCUCUCCUCCCUCAAACAUCAGGUUUUGUGCUCAGAACUCAAUACGUGAAGCCACACUGUGUUAGUACUGUCCAGCCCAAAAUAUUGAAUGUUAAAUGAAAUAGCUAAAUCCCAAAAAACAAGGCAAGGCAGGAUUUCCUUUACUUAUACACAAUGUAAGCAGAUGUCUUUUGAACUGACAAGUGGAUUGUAAGGAUUAUCCUGAUUGGAAUGACCAGGGGUCCUUUGUCUUGGUUAAUGUUCUCUCUCACCAGGGCCAUUCUGUGCCAUUCUGACCUGUAGCCUCCCCCAACCCUCUUCUCUCACCUGCCUUAAGACAUCCUUUUUACAGGUCCAGUCUCCGGGCAGAGAAGGUAGCGCCACCUUGUACGUAGCUUACAAAGAAAAAAAAAAAAAGAGAGUAUUUUUUCACAGAUUUUUACAGACAUUUUAAGCACAUGCCUUACUGACUUUUUGUUUGUGGCAUUUAGCAACGUCACGUUCAGUUGCCAGAUUUCAGGUUAAUGCUAUGCAGAUGGUGUGUCAUCUUAAAGCACUGCUUGGACCUUUUGUCGUUGGUGUUGGGUUUUUUUUGCUUAGUGUAUUUGAGAAGUGGGGAGUGUGUAUGUUCCUGUAGCAAGGAGAACCCUCUUGUGGAAGCUUUUUGUGAGGAACAGUGGGACACGUGGUUACUAGCUACUGUUUAAUUUCAUUUGACAACAACUGCACCUAAAAACGUCCUGCCAAAAAGUACGAGAGAGCGCCAUGUGGCGCGUCACCAGCAAGCUAUCGUCACAAUCACAAGAUAUAAUUGAUGGUUCUUCUUCAGUGUUCUCUCCAUUCAGGACCCUGCCCAGCUCAGUUGGGAUCAUGGGGAAAUAUUGCAUCUAGUUCCUUGUUGAAAGUACACCAACAGUCUGUGGCACCAACAAAUAUAGCUCUGUAAAAAUGUUUGUUGAAAAAAAAAAAAAAUUCCUUUUACUAAAUAUUUUUUUUUGUCUCCUGCACAUUUUAGUAGCAGACAGUCUCUUUUUUCUGUUCCGUAAGCUGCAACUGUCAUACUUUUGUCUGCUUGCUUACAAUUAAAAAAACAUAAACCAGUCCCAGAUUUCGUUUAUCAAGUAUGUGCACCCAUUGAAAUUUCUUAAAUGUCAUCAUAAAUUGGUCAUAAAAUGUCAUAUUAUCAUCUAAAUUACAGGAAUAAACCGAAUCUACUUAAACUAGUACCACACAAUUGUUUUCAUAUUUUUAAGAGCAUAACAUGUAAACACUCAUAUGACAGGGAGGAAAAAGUAAGGGAACCCUUGGAUUUAAUAACUGGUUGAACUUUUGGCAGCAAUUACCUCAACCAGUCAUUUCCGGUAGUUGCAGAUCAGACAUACACAACGAUCAGGAUGAAUUUUGGUCCAGUUACAAUCUGUUGCAGUUCAGCAAGAUUCCUGGGAUGUCUGGUGUGAAUAGCUCUUGAGGUCAUGCCACAGCAUCUCAAUGAGUUUGAGGUCAGGACUUUGACUGGACCACUCUAAAAGAUAAUUUUUUUUCUGAAGCCUUUCUGUUGUUGAUUUGCUUCUGUGUUUUGCAUCAUUGUCCUGUUGCAACACCCGUCCUCUUUUGAGCUUUAACUGUUGCACAGAUGGCCUCAAGUUCUUAUGCAAAAUGAAUUGCAAUGCGUUAAUAAAUUUAUAUUUUCACCCAUCCCUUUAACCAAUUAUUAAAAUACAUACACUUAAAGUUGUAAGUUUUGUAUUAUCUACCAUUUAUUGAAAUGAAUACAAAAUAAAAAAAUAAAUACAUUGAAUUGACCCAUUUUAGUCAGAAUGGCAAAUUGAACAACAAAUAUUCCAGUAUUCUUAAUGUACAGUGCCUUGAAAAUUCAUAUUAUUCAUACACCUUGAAUGUUUCACAUUUUGCCACCUUAUAACCACAAACUUGAAUGUUUUUAUGUGAUUGACCAACACGAAGUAACAAAUAAUUGUAAAGUAGAACGGAAAUGAUACAUACUUUUCAAAAUUUUAAGCAAAUAUCUGAAAAUUUGGUGCAUUUGUAUUCAGCCACCCAGAGUCAAUACUCUAUUGUGCCACAUUUAACUGCAGUUACAGCUACAAGCCUUUUUGAGCUAUGUCUCUACCAGCUUUGCACGUCUUGACACUGAAAUUUAUGCCAAUUCUUUGCAAAAUAGGUCAAUCUGAGCCACAAUGAAUGGAGAGUGUCUGUGAACAGCAAUUAUGUCUUGCCACAGGUGCUUAUAAUGGGAUUUAGGUUUGGACUUCGACUGGGCCAUUCAAACUGCUUCCUUAAUUAUAACAUACAAUUAAAGAAUAACAUACAAUUAAAGAUAAGUUGAGCACAUAUAUAUUUUCAGAAGUGUGUAUCAAACUGGUGGCCCUUCACAUUAAUCAGUACCCAAAAAGUAGCUCUCAGUUUCAAAGGUUGGUUACCUUGGCCCUGAGUUUUACAUUCACACUUUCCCUUAUCUCAAGGUUAACUUCAUUUUCGCGUAACCUGCUUCCUGGAAUACCCCCCCCCCCUCCCCCCAAAGGGCCAAUUAAUGAAUCCCGCGUCUGACGUGGCAGCAGACAUUAAACAACAUGAUUAAACAACGUGAUUAAAGGGGCAUGAACCGGCAGUCUAUCGUGUGGGAAACUGUUAGAAUAAAAGUACAUUGUUAUCCCAUAUUUACUCUUAUAGUAUAUUUUCAAAGCAUGCAUUUAGCAGUAUGUUGAUUGUAUCAUAAAAGUUGAUGUCUGUGAAGAGGAGUUUACUCUUUCUUGAUAAAUAGGCUAUAACUCUUCUGCUAUCUGGACCACAACAAAGAGUGUUAUGUGCUGAACACAUGAGUUACAACAAACGUGUGCCCUCAUUCCAAAGAUGGCGGCUGGAGCAUUUUGCGGUCAGAGGUCAAAGGUUGGAGCAAUCAAUCUUGAGGAAGAACACAUCUCCACAAAGAGUCAUAUAUGUGAUUGUUUACGAUGCUGCUAUGUGCUCCCCCAACUUAAUAGCAACAGCAGCUGUGUAACUAGGAACUGCCCAAAAGGAAAUAAAAAGAGGGGGGACGGACAGAGUGAACUCAGAGCGGUGUAGAGACUGUAACUAAACACACUCUCGUCCAUUUCUCCUUG